AUGGUGCUUGUAACAGUGCCAAAAUAUGGGGGACUUUUAAAAAUGGCGCUGUGGUGUAUUGGAAUAAUUUUGCUAUUGGGCAGUGUGAAUUCAGAAAAUUCCACGAUAUCCGAAAUAGACACAUGUGACGCGCCAGGCGUUGGCCCCUGGAGCCUCGCGCUGGAGAAUUGGGCGGUGUCCACGCCGUCUGGUAGACAUGGUCGAAUCAUGGUGCUUCCACCGUCAAAAGGCUACUACGUAACAGAACGCAUAGACACUCCCUACCUAACUCCUCCCCCACCACCCCCAUCACCACAUUUCACACCUUCAUUGUUCCAUAGCGCAAACGACCAAAUCUCAAAUCAGAUCCACAACACAACUAAAGUAGAUCAAAAGCUCUCCAGGUUAGGACUUGCACCAAGUCAAGAGCAAAAACCUACAAGUAUAGAACAAAACGAGAAAUUAACAUUAAAUUUACAAGAAGUUAACUCUGUAAGCCAUGGUCGUAUUUCGCAAUACCCGGGGUACAGUCCGUAUGGAGGCCCGCCGCCGCACGCGUCGCAGGGCUACAGAGAGUGGGAGGCACACUCUCCCCCCGGCGUGAGCAAGAUUGUGAAUCGCCCCCCGAGCCCUUAUAAGGACAAGUACAAGCCCAACUACCCGGCCAACCAGUCCCCCGGGCGGCCCGCCGGCAUCGACCGCGUGGACGAGCCGCCGCGCAAGCAGGUGUCGGAGACCGACCUGCACCUGCUGAGCGCCAUCGAGAAGCUGGUGUACCGCGCCGACCUCAUGGAGAAGCGCCUGCGCAAGGUGGAGGAGGGCCUGCACCGCCUCGUCGUCGGCAUCGAGACCAAGCCUGAUCCGUGCCCCGCCAACUACACGCGCGUGGGCGGCGCGUGUUACUGGUACGCGGCGGAGGCGCGCGACUGGAAGGGCGCGGCCACGCAGUGCCGCCAGCGCGGCGCCGCGCUGCUCGAGCUGCUGGACGCGGCGCAGGCGCGCGUGCUCAAGGCCGCGCUGCUCGCUGACGGUGACCUGCGGGGUCACGACUUCUGGACGGGCGGUCUGAACCCGGGCCUGCUGUGGAUCUGGUCGCACUCGGCGAAGCCUGUGGAGGCCAACACCACCAGCGGCGCCAGCGGCACCAGCGGCGCCAGCGACAUCCCCGGCGAGGGCCGCUGCCUGGCGCUGGCGGCGGACGCGGCGCGCGGCGCGCACGGCUACCGCGGCCGCGACUGCGCGCAGCCGCUACGCUACAUCUGCCAGAAGGAGGAGGACAAGCUGGCGCUCAGCAACGAGAUCGAGCGCGCGUCGCGGAUGCUGACCGAGAGGCGCAAGGCGAAGCUGCUCUGGGAUGAUAUCGUA